CCGCCGAUUGAGAUUCUGACGCAGCUCACCGCGAUGAUACAGAGGCAGCUUCGGUAGAAGACAACGAUCCGGUACCAGAUCCGCACGAGGAGGCGAUGUGAGAGCCUUUUGAGACUCUGACGUGCGAAUUGGAAGCAUUCGAACGUCGCAACGGCGCUUGGGUUCUAUCCCGCGACGGCAACGCCAUAAGACCCAUUCUACUCCAUCCCACAGUGAAGAACACCUUCCGAGUCAAUGCUCUCGAGUUCGACAUCGUCCGACAAUCCGUCUCCCUGUAAGAUCCCUGGUCCACCAGCCACCACCAGCACAACCACCGAAAAUGACAUCCCGACAUCUGAAUCACGACCAUCCUCAAUCCUCAAUCCUACACUCACCGCUGCCCAUCCCUCCAUCCAACACCGCUUCGCCCACACUCUUGCCCAUGGACACACCAUGCCGCAACCUUUCCCGCGCUGGCCAAAAUCGUACGUCCAUUUCCGGGCCAAAGGGGAGGUGGCCGCCGAUCAUCUCUCUCCACAGACAAGGGUAGAAUUCCAGUCGCGACGAGACAAUAUCUUUCAGGAGCGGAAAUUCGCCAUGACACGGGACGGUUUCUUGGGGAUGCGAGCCGCCGCGGAUGGACGCGGGAGAUGUCGUCGUUUUCGCUCGUGUGAGCGCCGGCGCCGGCUGUCCUUCGGAGAUGGGAGAGAGGACGGGACGUCAUUGACGUUUUUUGCGAGUGGGUUUAUGUUCACGGGAUCCUAGAAGAUGAGGUUGGCCUGGUGGUAAGGAUGGGGAGAGAUUUAAGGGGGGGAGAUUUGUGUUGAGAUGAAACAUAUGAUCGUGAUAAUGUCGUUAGAUUGAAG